AUGGAAAAUGGUGGAUUGUUUGUUUGCAAGCCAAGGCAUUUGCUUUUGGUCGGUUCGAAAGCAAACAUGAAAGUUGGUGAUUUUACUGUGAAAGGAAUGGCAACGCCUGAUCCAUUCUCGAGUCCUCGUCAUGUUGAAUUGGGUGGGCAGACUCCUCGUCCUGGCAAUAUGUCAAGCGGAAGAAGCGUCCGGGGUGGCGCAACACCCUCGCAGCAUGGUGUACCAAGCACCGGUGCUUUUGAUGUGCAGAAUCGUGUUCGACGUGAUAAUCAAAUAAUCGGAAAAAGUGUACGUAUCACUCAGGGACCACUGAAGGGAUAUUUUGGCAUUGUGAAAGAUGCUACUGAACAAACCGCUCGUGUUGAACUUCAUUCCAGUUGCAAGACAAUUAGUGUUGAUCGUUCGCGAAUAAUGAUCGUUGGUGAUGCAAUGCCUGGUGGUGAAGCGCUUGGUGGUUUACUGGGUAGGACACCGUCUGGUGACAGUCGUACACCGAUGUACACUGGUGGUGGUAAAACACCGAUGUACGGCUCUCAGACACCGAUGUAUGGCUCACAGACACCGAUGCAUGAUGGAGCGCGCACGCCACAUUAUGGUGCAAUGACACCCUCAUACGACGGUGCACGCACACCAUCAGCCUGGGAUCCAUCAACGACACCAGCGUAUACGAUAAACGAUGAAAUGCCCAGUGUUGAUUCGUUCAGUGUACCGUCUGGUUCAGCUCAUACACCUCGCUACAAUCCAGAAUCGUCCACUGGACAGCCGUAUACUCCAAUGACACCUGGUGGCAUGUAUUCGGAUUAUGCUGCACCCAGUCCUUACACCGAAAAUCGUAAGUUUAUUUCUGACCUAAUUCGAAUAUCAGCAAUUAUAGACAUACUAAUAAUAAGUUAA